AGCACGCCCACGAACACUAUCCAACAUGCCCGAAGGAACGAUGAAAGCGCUGUACUACAGCAGCCCCAGGCACUUUGAAAUCAAAGAAGUCCCGAUCCCGAAAUGCGGGGACGAUGACGUUCUUUUGAAGGUGUCUGUAUGCGGUGUUUGCGGAACUGACGGGCACAUUCAUGACGGUGAAUUCAUCGCCAAGUUCCCGCUCAUUCCAGGCCAUGAGGCUAUUGGCAAGGUGGUCGAGAAGGGCAAGAGCGUCAAGGGCUUUGAGUUGGGCGACCGCGUGGUAGCGGAUGUCGGCAUUUCAUGUGACAAUUGCUUCUACUGUCGUCGAGGUGAAGCAGUCCUGUGCGAGAACUUCAACGCACGCGGUGUCACAAUGGACGGUGGUUUUGCCGAGUACAUCGUCUACCACCAAAAGAAGUGCUAUAAGAUUCACAAUCUCACGGACGAGGAGUCAACGCUACUCGAACCGGCAGCCUGCGCCAUCCAUGGUCUGGAUAAACUCAACCCACCAGUCGGCAUUGACGUUCUGCUUCUGGGCGCGGGCCCCACCGGUCUCAUCCUCGCGCAGCUGCUCAAGCUCAACGGUGCGCACAAGGUCACGAUCGCGGCAAACAAGGGUAUCAAGAUGGAUAUCGCGAAGCAGCUGAACGCGGGCGAUGUGUACAUCGAACUGGACAGGCAGAAUCCCGGCCCACAGUGGGAGCAGCUGAGGAAGGACAACCCGUAUGGCUUCGACGUUGUGGUGGAAGCCACUGGUGUGGAGAAGAUCGCGCAGGAUAGCAUCAACUACGUCCGCCGUGGCGGAACAAUCAUGAUUUAUGGCGUGUACGAGAACAAGGCGUUGGUGCACUGGCCGCCAUCAAAGAUCUUCGGGGACGAGAUUAGAGUCAUCGGCUCGUUCUCACAAGCGUACUGCUUCCCCCGUGCUGUCGCCUACUUGGACGGCGGCAAGGUCAAUGUGAAGGGCAUGGUCACGGACGUUUUCCCGCUUGACGAUUACCAGGGUGCGCUCGACAAGAUGAACAGCCGUGGGGCGCUCAAGAUCGCGAUCAAGCCGUGAGAUGUGAUGAAGCGGACGAACGAGAAAACGGACCGUAAGCCGUGGUGACUGUAGCAUGUAGCAUACCCUUGGUCUUCGACCGUUCUCGCAAUAGACAUUCAUGUGU